GCGCGGAUGUGCGUCUCUGGGAAGCUGUUUGGGUGGAGACGCGCAAUAAUUGGCCGUCCGGUCAUUCGGAUGAUAUGAUUCGUGAAAAGGCCCAAACCAUCUUCAAGGCUAGAAGCCCAACCAAUGCCUCCUUCAAUUUCUGGAACGCGUGGAGAGUUCUCCGGAACAAUCCCAAGUUCAAGUCGAUGUACCUCCUUGGAGACGUGCAUGCCUCCAAGAGGACAAAGACUACGGAAGAGGGCGGCUUCACCACCUCGGCGUCGGGCGAGGAGAUCUCUUCUGCUCGGCCCAUUGGCAACAAGGCGGCGAAGGCGGCGAAGGCGGCGGAGAAAGGGAAAGGGAAGGCAGCAGCGUCGCAUACGAGCUCGGAUCCUCCACCAGAAAUUGUGGAGAGGUUGGAUAGGAACGACGCGCAGAUGAGGGCAUUCACCGCCCAGUACCAGCGGAGGAACGAUAUCCGGGAGAGGGAGCUCGAUAUGCAGCUCCUGAACACGGAUACGACGAACAUGACGGACGCACAACGUGCAUUGCACGCGUCCAUGGUCGCCGACGUGCUCAGGCGUCGUGGUCUAUCCUAGGCUUUUAAUUAUGUGAUUUUAAUGAUGUUUUAGGUUUUUUAAAUUUUUAUGUAUUUUUUUUUAUGUUUUAAAUAGGUUUUUUAAAUUUUAUGUUUAAUCCAGUAUUUAAAUAUGCAAUUUAAAUUAUGCAAUA